AUGCUCCAAACCAUCCUCUUGCAACUCUUCCUCGCUGCCCUCAGCGUUGCAGCUCCCCUGCCCGGCGAUGACACGCUGCACACCACGGGCAAGGACAUGAUCGGCUACGGCACAGGCGGCGGCAUUGUCGGGCUGAUUGUUUUGGUGCUUGACAUCCUGGUCUUCAUCGAGGUCCUGAAAUCCAACCGACCGUCAUCUCACAAACUGCUCUGGUGUCUGAUUGUCUUCCUCUUCCCCAUCCUGGGAAUGCUCAUCUACUUCCUCUUCUCGAACCGCGAGGCACACAAGUCUGGUGGCGCUUACGAGCCUUUGCCUUGA